UUUCUUCUUUUCUUUGUACCUUUAUUGAAAUAUGAAGCUAUUUUCAAUAGCAAGUGCUGUUACUGUUAGCUGCCUCUCAAGCAUUGUAUAUGCUAUUUCCAUUGAAUUGAAACCUGAUACUUUGGAGGAAGUUAUUGGUCCUGGCACUUGGUUAAUUGAAUACUUUUCACCUUACUGCCCACAUUGCCAGCAUUUCGCGCCCGAAUGGGAAAGGUUCACUAACGAUUACAGCUAUCUCGCAGAUGAAAAGAACUUCCACUUUGGUACAAUCGACUGUAGUACUUAUGGUGAUCUAUGUCGCGCUCACGGUAUCGCUGGCGUACCAUCCAUUCAACUAUGGGAAUUUGGAAAGAAAAUAGAAAAAUACAUUCAGGGCAAUACAUACGACGGAUUAGUGAACUACGUAAAGGACAAGUUAAAGCUGGGUGAUGAAACAGAGACAGAAAAAGCACAAGAAACAGUAGCAACCAAUAGUAAUCUCAAUGUCACUCAUGACGAUAAAGAUAUCAGCGAAAAGGAUACUGGUAAAGAUAAAGCACCAAAAGUAGAGUCCAUACAAAGUAUGGUGAUCGAAGACGAUCUUGUAGAAACCGGAUUAGAGAUGCAGGAGGAUGAUAAUAAGAUACAUGAGCAGCAGCAACCAAAAGAAGCGGGCUUAAUAGAGGAGAUCGCUGAGGAAGCCAAAUCAAAUGAUGCAGCUUUAAAGUUGCUUGCAAAUCCGGAUGGUGUUUCAGUAGAGUUGGACGGCGACAAGUUAAAAGAGAUUUCAUCUUCAAACACAAAUCCAUGGUUUGUCAAGUUUUAUGCACCUUGGUGUCCUCAUUGUAAGCGUAUGGCUCCUACGUGGACUAAAAUGGCCGAGGAGUUACGUGGCCAAAUGAAUGUCGGUGAAGUCAAUUGUGAUAAAGCACCUACUCUCUGUGAUGAUUAUGACAUUACAGGUUUUCCUACCCUUCAAAUUCUUGGCUUGGGAGAUGUGAUUCAUUAUAAUGGUGAUCGCUCUCUAGUAAGUCUGACAAAAUUUGCCAACGAGCAUACAGGGGUCUCUGUUAAAGAUAUCUCCAUGGAUGAAUUAGAGGGUCUUCUAUCUUUAAAGGAUACCGUUCUGAUUUACUUGAAGAAAGAUGACAAGGAUACAGUCCCAGAAAUGAUCGACAGUAUUGGACGUCAAUACAUGGCAACUAUUCCCUUUUAUGCCAGCCAUGAUGAACUCGUCAUCGAUAAAUUCAAUGCCAAAUCUAAACUGCCAGCCUUAUUGAUUGCUAAAGAUGGCAUGUUCAGCAUGUAUUCAAAGCACGAUUUCAGCAAUCUUGACGAUAAACCUGCUCUUUUGCGUUGGAUUGAAAAUGUUAAAUAUCCUUUGGUCAGUAAAUUAGGUCCCACCAACUACAAAAGCAUUUUAGAAGGCCAUUCACCUGUUGUUCUGAAUAUUAUCAACGCCAAAGACACCACAAGUCAAUCAAAAUUUAGAGAUAUUGCUAGUAAUUGGAAGGUAGCAAAUGAAGGAGGCAACGUUAGCCGAAGAGUUAUUUUUGCAGAGAUGGACCGUGCCAUGUGGAGAGAAUAUGUGCUUGAAAAGUUCAAUGUAGAGCAUGAUAGUACCUCGAAAUUAAUUAUAUUUAAUGCGCCUGAGCACAUUUACUUUGACAAGGAUACCAAUAAGAGACCGUUAAGCAUUGAUCAACCUGAGGAACUGUAUACGACAUUGAAGAACUUAGACAAAUUGCAGGGCGAAACAACAUUAGCUGUUCAUGAACAAAUUGGUGACUCUUUAACACGAGGAGUACGUUGGAUAUUUACUCAUUGGUUUAUCAGCUCAAUCACUUUGGGUGUCGUCGGUAGCUUUGUUUAUAGAUAUCUUACAUACCAUAGUCCAAAACGACUCAACAACGCAUACAUCAAUGCGAACAGUGGUUUACCCUAUUACAAACCAUCCUCUUAUACUCAUAAAGAUUAGAUUUUUAUGGAAAUAAACAUGUGUAUAUAUAGCG